ACCAUCACUUGCAACACCAAAGAAACAUCCCCUUUCAUCAAGACAGCACACUACUUCUUCUUUCAAACGAACAACACACUGCACAUUUUGCGAGACUGCCCUCAGACAUGGUCCGCUUCAACAACGCCUUGCUUGCGGCCCUGCUGCUCCUCAACGGCGCGAGCGCACAUCCGCUCGACCAGAGAGCACCACAGACCGUCCCUCCUCCUCCGCCUCCCCCAGGGGGAGUUCCUCCUCCUCCUCCUCCUCCUCCUCCACCGGGAGGUGCUCCGCCGCCGCCGCCGCCGCCGCCUGGUCCUCCAGGAGGCGCGCCCCCUCCUCCUCCUCCUCCAGGCAGUGUUCCGCCGCCGCCACCUCCUCCCCCGGGUGGUGCUCCACCUCCUCCUCCUCCGCCUUCCGGCACUCCUCCGCCGCCCCCACCGAGCGGUGUUCCUCCUCCACCUCCCCCGCCGGCAGAUGGGACUCCACCUCCGGCUCCGAGCGAGGUCCCAGCCCCUCCGGCCCCGGUGGUCUAG